GAGUCACUGUUAUUAACACUCAGGCUAGGGAAGAAAGCAAGAGAGAGGGAAAGAGAGAGAAGAGAGAUAUUCAUUCUCUCUCUUUCCUUCUCAUCUCACCAUCAAUGGUUGUCUCUAUCACAGCCACCAUUCCUCUACUUUCUCUUCUUUCUUCCUUCCUUCUUAAUGAAAUAAUCAAGAAAAAAGUUCCAUUAAACCCUACCCAGAAAGUCACCAAUUUUUAAUUUUUUCACUAUGUCAUUAUUAUCAUCCUAAUCUUCAUUUUUAUUAUAUAAGUACAAUCCCAUUUUCCCAGAAUUUGCAGCUUCUUAUUCUUGUCUUUUUCUUGUUCAUUCAAGAGCAAGACUUCCCCACCAUGUUAUCUUAACAGGAUUAGAGAAGAAAAAGAAAAAGAAGGAAAACAAACGGGAAAUUGCCAGCCCUUCAUUUAUUGCUUUGCUGCUUCAAGGAUGCUUCCUACUCUCUGCAUUCUCUUAAUUUGCCUCUCUAGUUCUUUCCUUCUAUUUAUUAGAGCUACAUCUUCCUUCAAUCUCUCUCUUCCCCACCAACACCCUGAUCCUGAAGCUGUUGCACAGGAUUUUCAAAGGAGAGUCAAUGCAUCUUUAUCAACAAGACACCUUUUGUCGACCCAAGUAAACGACCAAUGCAUAACCGGAAACCCCAUCGACGACUGCUGGCGCUGCGACCCCAACUGGGCCAGCAACCGUCAACGUUUAGCUGACUGCGUCAUCGGCUUUGGCCAAGGCUCCUUAGGCGGAAGAGGCGGCCAGAUCUACGUCGUCACUGAUUCCUCUGACCACGACCCUGCCAACCCAACUCCGGGAACCCUCCGUUACGGUGUCAUCCAAAAUGAACCCCUCUGGAUCAUCUUCUCCACUAGCAUGGCCAUCAAGCUCAGACACGAACUCAUUUUCAACAGCUACAAAACCAUCGACGGUCGUGGAGCUAACGUCCACAUAACAGGCAAUGGAUGUCUCACGCUCCAAUACGUGUCCCACAUUAUUAUCCACAACAUCCACAUCCACAAUUGCAAACCCUCCGGGAACACUAACAUAGCUUCAUCACCAACGCACGUUGGAAGGAGGGGAAGAUCAGACGGUGAUGGAAUCUCCAUAUUUGGGUCCCAGAAAAUAUGGAUUGAUCAUUGUUCUCUAUCAUAUUGCACUGAUGGGUUGAUUGAUGCAAUAAUGGGGUCAACUGGGAUCACAAUAUCGAACAACUAUUUUUCUCAUCACGAUGAGGUGAUGCUGUUGGGCCACGAUGAUAGGUACGUUUUGGACUCCGGCAUGCAGGUGACCAUAGCUUUUAAUAUAUUUGGUGAGGCGUUGGUGCAGCGUAUGCCGAGGUGUAGACGCGGGUAUAUACACGUGGUGAACAAUGAUUUCACGUACUGGGAGAUGUAUGCAAUCGGCGGUAGCGCUAGCCCUACCAUUAAUAGUCAGGGUAAUCGCUAUGUUGCACCGGCGGACCCCAACGCCAAAGAGGUGACAAAGCGCGUGGAGACGGAGGAACGGGAGUGGGCAGAUUGGAAUUGGAGAACAGAUGGGGACAUAUUGGUAAAUGGAGCAUUCUUUGUACCGUCAGGGGCCGGGUUGAGCGCUCAGUACGCUAAAGCGUCCAGCGUGGAGCCCAGAUCUGCUGGGUUAAUUAGCCAACUCACCAUGAACGCUGGGGUAUUUGGUGCGCCAAGGGACAACAGUGUAGGCAUCUCCAAUCCCGGAAUCAAUGGUGGGACCAGCACCGCCGGAACCACCAACACUGGUAGUUCUGGUGCUUCUAGUGGUGAUGGCGAUGGCGAUUUCCUUGGAAUGAUAUUUGGGAGUGGAGCCCCACCACCCACUUCUAAUAUCUCAAUCUUUUUUUCUCUUUUAAUUAUUUUAAUUUUGUACAUUUGUAUGGUAACCAACAAUGGUGCCAGAUUAUCAUUUCCCUUAUUAUUAGUAUUAUUAUAAUAGAAGUUGAAAUUUUAAAAGAUUCAUUUAAUUAAGAUGUAAAUGGUGGAGGAAAAACCGAACCGACCGAUUUGUAUAUAUAUAAAACCCUAACACAGUGAAAUCAAGUAAUUGUGAAAUCAAGUCAACGAUGUGAAGCUGUGAUUCUCUCUUCUCCCUCAACUCCAUUCUCACCUUACAGAAUCAGCUGUCGUCUUCAACCUUUCAAUUUAUCCUUCUUCAUCUCCUCAGACGAAGUUGAAGGCUGCAGUGUCUCCAUGCGACGAUGAAGGCGGCUGCUCGCAACAAAGGAGGAGAUGACGCUUCUCGAUGGAGAAGAGUCUCCUUGCGUUGAAGUUGUUCCUCUCGAUGAAGCUGCUCCUCCCCUUCUCUGUAUGCAUUGUAAAAUUUGAUUUUGUGGAUAGAUGUUGUCAAUUGAAAAUUUGGGAUUUUGGUUUUGAGAUUCAAACUUUGUGUAUACUUUGCUUCAAUUAGUGCAAUGGUUUUGUUGUUUUGA